AUGACUUCCGCACUCCCCAAGACUAUGAAGGCCCUCCAAUAUUCCAAGCCGGAGGAAUAUGCCCUUGUCAACAUCCCAUUGCCACAGCUCCGCGAGAAUGAUGUAUUGAUCAAAGUCAAAGCCUGCGGUGUUUGCGGUACUGACUUGCAUAUCCACGAAGGCGAAUUCCUUGCCAAGUUCCCUCUUGUUCCUGGUCAUGAAACUGUUGGCGUUGUUGCUGCCACUGGACCAAAAGUCAAGGGCUUUACAGUCGGUGACAGAGUAGUUGCUGAUAAUUCCGAGCUCUGCGGAGAAUGCUUCUACUGCCGAAGAGGCGACGAAUUGCUCUGUGAGCAUUUCGAGGCCCACGGUGUCACCAUGAAUGGUGGCUUUGCUGAGUACUGCGCCUAUCCAGCUGGCCGUGUUUUCAAGAUCCAGAACCUUUCAGAUGUCGAUGCCACUCUUUUGGAGCCCGCUUCUUGCGCUGCUCACGGUCUGGACAAGAUCUCCCCUAAGAUGGGAUCCACAGUCCUCAUGUUUGGUGCCGGCCCAACUGGUCUCGUUCUUGCUCAAAUGCUCCGCCUCAACGGUGGCUGCAGAGUUGUCAUUGCCGCUCCUGAAGGUCUGAAGAUGGAUCUCGCCAAAUCUCUUGAUGCCGCCGAUGAAUACAUUCCUCUCUCCCGAAAAGACCCCAGCGCUCAAUUCGAAGCGCUCAAGGCUGCCAACCCAUACGGUUUCGACAUCGUCGUCGAGGCCACCGGUAGCGUGAAGAUCUUGGAGGAUGCCAUCAACUAUGUCCGUCGCGGCGGCAAGUUGGUCGUCUAUGGUGUUUAUGCCAACAAGGACAGAGUCACGUGGCCACCGUCGAAGAUCUUCGGCGACGAGAUCACCAUCCUUGGCAGCUUCAGCGAGACCUACAAGUUCCCCGCUGCCAUCGAUUACCUCGACUCUGGCAAGGUCAGAGUCAACGGAAUCGUCAACAAAACCUUCAAACUUGAGCAGUGGGCCGAAUGCCUGGAGUCGAUGAGAAACAAGUCGGCUAUCAAGGCUGCUAUCACCUUUGACUAG